CUUUAUGCUAACUUAUCUUCCUUCUUUUGGCUUAGUUGCCUGCAAGUAAAGUUGGGUUGCCACUCAAGUCAUUACUGUUUGACGUGUUUGUGGCGAUUGGGUUCUUGAUAAUUUAAUUCCCUUAUUAUAUCCGCUCUUGCAAAGUUGACAUUUCUUGGAUUUAUAGAAAAGAAUGGAGGAUAAGUGUGCAAUCAAGAAGGAUGUUACUGAAUUAAUAGGCAACCCUAUGGUGUAUCUCAACAAUAUUUUGGAAGGUUGUGAUGUCCGAAUUGCUGCAAAGCUUGAGAAUAUGGAACCUUGUUACAGUGUUAAAGAUAGGAUUGCAUAUAGUAUGAUCAAAGAUGCAGAAGAGAAGGGCUUGAUUACACCCGGGAAGACUGUCCUUGUUGAGGUUACCAGUGGUAAUACUGGGAUUGCAAUGGCAUCCAUUGCUGCAGCAAAAGGUUACAAGAUUAUCAUAGUCAUGCCAGCUUUUAAGAGUCUCGAGAGAAGGAUUGUGCUACGAGCUUUUGGAGCUGAGUUGCACCUAACAGAUCCAAACAAGGGCUAUGAUGAGAUUCUUAAGAAGGCUGAGGAGAUAGUGAAAAAUACACCAAAUGGCUAUAUGCUUCAUCAAUUUGAGAAUCCUGCCAAUCCAAAGAUUCAUUAUGAAACCACCGGCCCAGAGAUUUGGAAAGACUCAGGAGGUAAAGUUGACGCCUUGGUUGCUGGGAUAGGGACUGGUGGUACAGUAACUGGUGCAGGAAAAUUCCUGAAGGAGAAAAAUCCAGACAUUAAGGUUUAUGGUGUAGAACCAGCAGAAAGUGCAGUCUUGAAUGGAGGAAAACCUGGUCAUCAUAGGAUUGAAGGACUAGGUGCUGGGGUUGUACCUCCUGUUCUGGAUGUUGGCAUGCUAGAUGAAGUUGUUCAAGUAUCAAGUGAGGAAGCUAUUGAAACUGCUAAGUUGCUUGCUUUGAAGGAAGGUUUGCUGGUAGGGAUAUCAUCCGGUGCUGUGACUGCUGCUGCUAUAAAGUUGGCAAAGAGACUAGAAAAUGCUGGGAAACUCAUUGUAGUGGUUUUUGCCAGUGCUGGGGAGCGUUAUCUGUCCACUAAACUGUUUGAAUCCCUUAGGCACGAGGCACAAAAUAUGCCCUUUCAUUAACAUCAUGUUGGUUCCUUCCUGAAAUGUAAUGGUACAAGCAGUACCAUACUUAGAUUAAUUCUUUGUUUUCUAGCACAAGCCCUGAAUGGGAUGUGUUAUUAUUGCUGAAAUAUGUAUUUGUAAGUAAUUAUGGACUUAUCCAGGUUAGGGCUCCAUCAUCCAAUAUGCAAUGAGAAGUGAACGGGUUGUCGAAGCUCUUCAAAAUAAA